AUGGAGCCUGUCGCCACGCAUCCUUCUGGCAUGGCCGAGCCAACAGCGUACGAUCCCACCUCCUUUGCAUCCAGCUCAAGAGCAGGUCCCCUCUUCGGCAAGUGUAUUGCAGUGGCUUCCGCCCAAGGUCCUAGCAAGCCUCCUCUACUGCAAGAACAAAGUGAAGAGAAAAACCCUCAGCCUAGUCGACAGCAAGAGACUCUGGCUGCCUCAGCCUCGCAAUCUGAAAAUAGCCAAGAGGCCACAUCAGCAGUGCCGGGACUCGACGAGAUCCCUGAGCUCGCAUCCAUGAAAGCAGUCCCAGAAGUUCGACAAGCGUUCGGAGCGCCAGCUGAGCAAGCAAAGUAUCCGGCUGAGCUAGGCAACUUCCCUCCAGCUGUUCUUUCUGGAUUGAGCACCCAACAUCCUUCGCCAGAGAUUCCGCCAGGAGCAGUAAGCGAGGACUUCACUCAACAACAGUCUCAGAAGUCGCCAGACAUCAACCAGCAGGCUUCCACCGACGAGAUUGCAGAAUCCGCCUCACCUGCAUCAUCGUCAGCUGACGCACCGGGCUCAGAAUACGAUGACUUUGAAGGUUUCGACGUGGCAUCUCACACCGCACCGCUCCAAGAACCUCAGCAAGAGCGCUCGCUAACACCUUAUCCAGAGACCCAGAGGGUAUCGGGUAUGGCUGAGCCUCACGCGCCACCCAACCGCAAGAUCUCGGAAGCUCAAUCUUUCUCAGAACAGCCUGGGGUGACUCAAAAGGACGGCGAGACCCUACCAACUGCAGAGAUCAAGCAAGCUGUAGUGACCACCGAAGAACAAUAUCAAUUUUCGGCAGAUACUGAGAAGCAGAUAUCAGGCGCAGCCGAGAAUGUGGAGAAGCAACAGAGUGAAUUCGAGAAGGAGCAGCAAGAGCCUCUUCAAACCGAGAACGAUGAACGCGAUUCAAGCGAGGCCGUGGCCGAGGAUCAGGGACAACCUGCAGAGCUCCAGUCCCAAAUCAGCGAAGAGCAGCAAGUGGUACAGCUGCUGCCAGCAGCAAUCGAGAUGAACGAGAAGGUGGCCGAGUCCGACAAGGUAGCGCAAGUGGUCAAGGGAAAACCGGAAGACCAGGCUGGCCAGGACGUUGGCAUCGCUGAGGAGGAUGCCGCGGAGAAGCAUGUCGCUGAGGAUGACGGUGCGGAGGAUAAUGCUGCAGAAGGUAGUUCCAACGUCAGUCUUCCCCCGCGAGCGCCAGUAGCCUCUUCAAUGGAAGCUCCAGCGCCAGCCGAAUCGGUAGCAGGCGAGGAGAAUUCGGACGAAGUCACACAGCAAAUUGACAUCGAUCAGAGUCGGUGUAACGAAGGCUGGACUCUCAAGAUAUCGGCACUUUUGGACCAGGUCGAAUCUCAGUCAGAGCCAAUUCAAAAUGAGAGGAUAACCGUCACGGAAGGCAUGGCUACGGAGAACAGCGAGCCUCCUGCUGCGUAUCAGAGAGAGCCAGUUUCUGUGGAGGACGAGAAAGAUGCAUCUUCACUACCGCCCAAUACCCUGACCCGUCCUGCGGAAGAGGAGGCAGGAGCAUCACCAAAGCGACAGAAGUUCAGCGAGGAGGAUGUUGCACUUGCAGAAGAGACUCGCCUUGUUGAGCCGGAAGCCGCGGCCCUACCUGUGCCACCGGAAACGCAGCUGGCACCUGAAGUGUCUCAACCAGGAAGCGCACCAAAGACAAAAGCGCCAGCAAAUAAAGCAGCCGCCAAGCCCAAGCCAGCUUCAAAAGCGAAAGCCCUUCCGAAGCCAAAAGCACCUCCAAAGCUGAAGGAGCCCAAGGCGAAAGGCAAGAAAGCAUCCGGACAGCCCGAAGUUGCGAUUGCCGAGGCAACGGAGAAUCCUCAGCCGGCGGUGCAGCUUCCUCCAGCGGUGCAACUCCCUCUGCCAAUGACGGAUCCCAGCCUCGAGCGAAUUGCAGCUUCUGAGGCUGAAGCCGUUGAGCCGAAGCCGAAAAAGGCACGCAGAGCUCCUGCACGUCCGCGCAAAAAAGCAGCAAGCGUCGACAGUGCUCUACAAGAGGCUCCGCAAACGGCACCGCCGCCUCAGUCUCACGCCGAAAUCCUUGACCCCCGUCUGACAGAAGCGCCUUCGGCGCCAGCAGCUGAUCAGCCCGCCCACCCAGAGACUGCAUCAACGGAGCCAGCAUCGAAAGGCAAGAGUAAAGCAGCAGCCAAGCCUCGAGCACCUAGCAAGGCGAAAGCCAAAGCAAAGGCGGCGGCGGAGUCUUCCUUACCUGCCGAAGCUAUUGUAGCUGCGUCUGCUGAGCCCGUCACAAAGCCAAAGCCUGCAGCUAAGCGUGCGGCGGCAAAGAAGGCAAAGGGUCCUGUCGCCAAGAUGCUUCCUGCUCAGGAGGAAGACGCUGUCUCGGAGCUCGAGUUGGAGCCGCCGCAGAAUCCUAAGGUUCUCGCAACUUCUCCCAGACACAUAGAGGCUGCACAAGGAGGCGCAAUGAUCUCUGUCGAAAAAAUGUCUCGAACCUCAGUGCAAGGAGAAUACGAGCACUCGAUUUUUUUGCAAGCCGACGAAUCAAUGACAGAUGAGCAGCACCACCAGCAGCAGCGUUUCUUCCGUCCCCCUCCGCCACUUCCGGGCGAGAGCGGCCAUCACAGCGGCGACUACACUAGCUCCAACAUUUUCACCUCGAUGCCUCCGCCUUUGUAUCCAGCUCAGGCAUACUAUCCGACCCGUGCGCAACUCGUACAGCAGCAGCAGCACGAUCGUGGCUUGAGCUCGCUCUCGAACGUGGCUUCGCUGCUGGACUCGGAAACGCAUUGGUCCGAAUCCUCCGUUGCGAGACCUGGCUCGGCCUUGUCAGAGUAUGAAGGCGCAAACGAACCGACAAGCCCGACCACGAUGACCAAUACGGCCGGCAGUGUUGCGGGAGAUGCGGCAUCGGACACAACCUCGCUUUCCCAAGACCAUUCGCUCGGCAUGAUUGAGCUCGAUCCUCGCAUCUAUCCACCCGGGUGGCGUCUGCCGUACUUUGAUCUUAUGGAUCCCGAUCAGUUGAUGACAUCGAUGCGAGAGCGAACAGUGUGGACAUUCUGGGACUGCUACUUGCCUCUCGGUUGCAGGGAUCAGGACAUGGUACUGCAAUCCAAUGAUGGCGUUGCAUUCCCUUGCGCUGCAUGGAAUCCUUGCCUCUUCUCGAAGCUUCUCAACCGAGUCAUCUCCAACCCAAGUCGUGGUAUUCGCCAGAUCAUGCAACGUGGAGCCGAAGGGAAUCGCAAGAUGCUUGGCUACAACCCAUUGCCAUGCGUGGUCAUUGACGAGAAUUGGCACGCCACCAAUCUGCUUCUCUCGUUCCUUCAUCCGAUACCGAAUAUGUUCCUUCCCGACGUCGCUACUUGUCGGGUGGUGCUGGACGUUGGCAUGAAGUACGGCGUCGAUCGAGCUAUCAACAUGGCGACGCAGCGUUUGAAUCAGCUGGAUGAAGAAGACCGGGUGAAGAAGGGGAAGGGGAAGGCGAGAAGUACUGAAGAGGAGAUCGCAGCUGAUUUGGCGGAGCGUGCUGCUGAGGCGGCUUCACAGCGAUAA